GGCCCGGCCCGACCCUGUCCGCCCUCGGCGGAACUCCGGCGGUGGCCAACGGCGAGGAGAAGGAGUUCGCUGGCCCCGGGGGAGAUGCUGUAGCUGUUCCCCGCUGCUGGGGCUGCCCUGAGGGGACGGCGGUGGGCGCCAGCCCCGCGCUCCGAGGGGGGGAAAGGACGAGCGAGAGCCGGCCCUGACGGAGGCUGGCUGGUUUGUAGAAGGAAUGUCAGCAGCAUUGUAUUCAUGAAGAGCCACUUGUUAUCACCGAUGCGCAUGUGAAAUGGAAGGUAGCAGAUUCUGGAAAAAACCUUCUGUUUCAACCUUGCAAGAUGCUUCAUGAAGUGUGUAAAGAAGUUUGAGUGACUGCUCUAUUUGAUCAAAAUGGUGGACACUGAAAACCAGCUCUAUCCCCUUACUCCCUUGGAGGAGGAUGAUAUAGGCAGCCCUUUAUCUGGAGAGUUCCUGCAAGGUAUGGAGAACAUUCAAGACCUCUCUCAGUCUCUAGGUGAUGAUAGCUCUGGAGCUUUAAGUUUAACAGAGUUCCAGUCAUUGGGAAAUGGUCCUGGAUCUGAUGGAUCAGUUAUAACAGACACCCUUUCACCAGCAUCCAGUCCUUCAUCCAUUAAUUUUGCCACAGCUCCAGGUAGCAUAGAUGAAUCACCCAGUGGAGCAUUAAACAUUGAAUGUAGAAUUUGUGGGGAUAAAGCCUCAGGCUACCAUUACGGAGUACAUGCUUGUGAAGGUUGUAAGGGUUUUUUUAGAAGAACGAUUCGAUUAAAACUCAUCUAUGAUAAAUGUGAUCGCAACUGCAAAAUUCAGAAAAAAAAUCGUAAUAAGUGCCAAUACUGUCGUUUCCAAAAGUGCCUUUCAGUUGGAAUGUCACAUAAUGCAAUACGUUUUGGAAGAAUGCCAAGGUCUGAGAAAGCCAAGUUGAAAGCAGAAAUUCUAACCGGUGAAAAUUAUGUCGAAGAUUCAGAAAUGGCAGAUCUUAAAUCACUCGCCAAAAGAAUUCAUGAUGCUUACCUGAAAAACUUCAAUAUGAACAAGGUUAAAGCCAGAAUCAUCCUCGCAGGGAAAACUAAUAACAAUCCACCAUUUGUUAUACACGAUAUGGAUACCUUAUGUAUGGCAGAGAAGACCCUGGUGGCAAAAUUGGUAGCCAAUGGCAUUCAGAACAAGGAAGCAGAAGUUCGGAUCUUCCACUGCUGCCAGUGUACGUCUGUAGAGACUGUCACAGAACUUACUGAAUUUGCCAAAUCUAUCCCUGGCUUCUCCAGUCUUGACUUGAAUGAUCAAGUGACACUGUUAAAAUAUGGAGUUUAUGAAGCCAUAUUUGCCAUGUUAGCAUCUGUGAUGAACAAGGACGGGAUGCUGGUAGCCUAUGGAAAUGGUUUUAUAACCCGGGAGUUCCUGAAAAGCCUGAGAAAGCCAUUCUGUGAUAUCAUGGAGCCCAAAUUUGAUUUUGCAAUGAAAUUUAACGCACUAGAAUUGGAUGAUAGUGAUAUAUCCCUUUUUGUUGCUGCCAUCAUUUGCUGUGGAGGUAAGCAUUACCUAUUUGUUCUUUAAGGUAAUAAAUUUUAACAUUUUCUUCAUGCGAAUGAAUACUUUUAAUGGAAAAGCUUACAUAUUUCUUGAAGAUUCAAUAAUACCAUUACCAAUUUUCCCUUUUGGUGUGUUUCAUGGAAGAUUAACAGUCUUGAUUCUGUGUUUUGCUUUGCAGAAUUGUAGACAUGCUUGGAAUUACUGUUUAAGCUCACUUACAGAGGGGUCUAAGUUACUCUCUGUUUUUAAAAGUGGCGUAUGAAGAGUGUUGGUAGUUGUUUUGUUUGGGCUUGGGAGGAUUUUUAUUUUUUUGAUCUUUAAGGCUGGGUUGGAAACAGUAUUUGUAUCCGCCAAAUGGGCAGAAAAAUUCUAUGUAAUGAGAGUGGAGGCAGGUGCAGAUUAUAGCUUUGCUCAUCUUUGACAUUUGCUGAUUGCAUCACGUAAUGAGUUCUG